GGGCAGUAACUAAAGUCUCUGUGAGAGGAAAGAGAGUGCUGCUCUGAGCUUUCCUCACAUUUUCAACAGGCUACGUGGGGGCCAGCAUCUAAGAGACGAGGGAGACCUGGGGGUGUGUGUCUGUGUGGCUAGGUCAGAAAGUGUAUGUGCCUUCUCGUCUGAGGGACAAAAGAGGAGUACAGAGAUCUGUCCUAUAGAAACCUCAUCACUGGCCGUUGGGCUCAGGACUGGAAAAGACAGAGAGGUUCUGUCAUUCUGUCGGAGGAAGAGGAGCUACACUUGUGAUAUUUUGAUUCCGAUAAAGAGGGUCAGAAGAGGAGAAAGGAGACAUGUCACAUGCUAUCCUGAGAAGAAACUCCAGCAAGCAAGGUUUGCAGAACCUCUUGAAAAUAACCACCCAGAGGAGCGUGGAGGAUGCAGAGGAGGUGGAGCGAGAGCGUCGGCGGAGGGCCCGGGAGUCCUUCCGCAGUAUGGGCAGCAGCAGUACCUUGGGCCCUGGAGGCCCCUCACUGGACAAUGGGGCCUUGACGGAGGAUGGCCUGUAUGAGAGGGAUCUGAAGCCCAGCAGCAGCUCUCCCUCUAUGGAGGAGGACGAGGGCUUCAGUGACUGGACCCAGCGGCUGGAGAGACGCAGGCAGCAGGCCCAGCGCAUGGAGGAGCUCAGUCAGGCCACAGAGGAGCAGGACCAGAGGCCCCUGAAUGGUGCCGCAAAGCCCCCCACACCAUAUACCCUCUCUGGCUCAGCCACCCCCACCACAUCCACCUCUCGCCAGCAGAGACACAAGGCAGAAGUGGAGGAUGAAGUGGAGAAGAAGUGGGGAAGAAAGGAAAGUGAGAGGAAAGGGUGGGAGCGAGAGGAGGAGGUGGUUACAGAAGCGAGGGAAGGAGAAGAGGAGGCAGAGAAACAGAGGCAGGAGCAGAUGAGAGUGCUGAAGAAGAGAGAGGAGGACCAAAGAUCUGAUGCUGAGGAGAAGGUGAAAGAGAAGCGCAAAGAGGUGAAGAUCUCGUACACAUCCAAAGUCGUCCUCCAUACAGAGGCAAAGCAUGGCAACGUCAACGGAGACACAGCUGGGGAGAAAGUGACAUCAUACAUGGUCAAAACCAAAUUAAGGGCUCCCAGGGCUGUGGUACAAAUGGCAGCUGCAGAGGCUGAGGAGGAGGCCAUCUUGGAGACAGAGGCCAAGUUGGAGAAGAUCCGACGGAGCCAUGCGGAGAAGGAAAACCAGGAGCUUGAGCAGCUCAAACACAAGCAGGCUGAGGCCGAGCAGGAGCUAGAGGAGCUGAAGAGGAGGAGGGAGGAGAGACGCCAGGUCAGGAAGGAGGAGGAGCGCAGGAGCAGAGAGGAGGAGCAACAGCGUCUAGCCAAGGAGGAGGAGGAGAAGAGGAGGAUGAAGGAGGACAUAGAGAGGAGGAGGAUGGAGGCAGCAGAGCGGAUGAAGAGCCUCAGUACCUCCAGCGUAGACGGAGAUGAGAUGUUUAGCUCGCUCAGUCCCAAAGGCUCCAUCUACAAGAUCACAGAGCGAACGGAAUCCUUGAACCGAUCCCUAAAGAAAAGCAACAGCUUCAAGAAGACACAGCCCCCUGUUCUCCUCGCCAAGAUCGAUGACAGGCUGGAGCAAUACACCACCGCCAUCGAGUACUCCCAGGAGGUCAAGGCAACCAAACAGGGCCUGACGGACAUCCCCAUGUCACCUGAGCCAGUGUCCUCCAAGAAGAACUUGUUUGAGGCUGGAGAGGCCUGGAACCAGAGCCUGGCCAAAGGCACACCACCCAAGGAUGCUGAGAGUCUGAAGGUGGGCGUGGCGGACAUGAUCACCCAGUGGGUGAAGGGGAACCCAGAUGGCACCAGCAGGAGCUCCCCCUCAAGACCAGCUGAUGUAAAAGCUGGUGACGUGAUGCAGAAAAAGAACAUGUGGGAGAUCAUUGGAGAAACAUCCCCAGGGAUUUCAGGAGCAGUGGCAAAGGGCAAUGCAUCUGGUAAAAAAUACAAAUUUGUGAUGACUGCUCAUGGCAAAUAUGAGAAGAUUCCUGUUGAUGAUGAUGAUGAUGAUGAUGAAAAUAUGGAUGAAUACACGAAUGGAAAAACAGACCUAUACCAUGGUGAAUAUUGAAAUACAAAUGUUGGUGGCAAAGACUUUCUAUUCAAGAUGGUAUGGACUUCAACAACUUUGGCCACCUUGUCAGCAAACCCUGUGAGGAUAUCCUCCAGUAGCACUUGUUAUGAAAGCAAUAUAAUUCAGUUUAUUCCUUUCCUACCACAUUCAGUAGGUCACUUUUGAGAACUUCUUAAAUGGUUAGUUGUUGCUUUGUUUUGUGCUGUGUACUCACUUUGAACUCCCCAGUUCAAUUUAAUCUUCAGACUUGUAUUGACUUACUUGUCAAAAGUAUCUUUCACAUAUGUUUAUGUAUAUAUGAAUGUUUUUUUUAACUUACUUUUACUUGAUCUUUUUUCUCUUCAUUUUAUGCCAUUGACAAACAUUAGGUGAAUGCAUUUACAUGUACCGCACAUGUAUUUUGGAAAUUAUGCAGAAAGUGACCUAAAACCAAAACCUAAGCUUUGAAUUUGAAAUGGUAACUCUUGUAAAAUGUUCUGGUUUGGGAAGUUUGAUCACUGAGCCCGUUAAUUGUAAUAUCAUGUUUAUAUUUUAUUUUUCUUGUGGCUGUUGUCUGAGCCCUGAGAUUAUCCAAACAUCUCCUGAAUAUAGUGUUAAAGGCACAAUACGGCUGUUUUAUAUCAAUAUCAAAUCAUUUCUGGGUAAGAAUUAAGUACCUUACUGUGAUUGUUGUCAAUUAAAAUGUUCAAAAAUAAAUAAAUAGCUUCUUAGCAAAGAGCAAUAUCUCAAGCAAGAAUUUAGCUAGGAUUGUCUGGGAGGGGUCCGAGUGGGAGGGGAAAACUGAAAAGGAUCUCUUAAAUGGCAGACAGGUUUGGAACUCUUUCUUACUGGUCUAUUUACAUUUACAUUUAAGUCAUUUAGCAGACGCUCUUAUCCAGAGCGACUUACAAAUUGGUGCGUUCACCUUAAGACAUCCAGUGGAACAGCCACUUUAUUAACUAAUUUACCACCUAGGCAGAACAAAACUCCAUCCCACCAACACAGGCUGAAAUUUCAGACUGCCUUUUCAAACCGCUCUUACACUAAAAGGGCAUUAUCAUAAUUUUCACAGUAUUACUCCAACCUCGUAGUGUGGAAAUAUAUACAGUAUAAAACACAGGAAAAUGUCAAAUGUCUUUUAAACGCUAGGCUACACUGGGUGCUGCAUAUUCUCUAAGCUUUUAAGUGAGUCAUCUUUUUUUGUGCAUUCAUAAAAUACUGCAUUGAAAUGCCAAAUGAUUUUGCGGUAACUGAAUCACCUGGUUACAGAACAUUGAUUGUGUCUGUUGUAUUAAUAACCCUUUAUCUCACACACAGUAACAUUUUAUCCUGCUAUUUAACCAUGAUUCUGUUUUCAGUGCUGCACACUGGAGUUUUCCACCACCCUAUUUAUGUUACCAAUGUACCAUUUUCAUCUUAAGAGACCCGUCAUUGUCAUUUCUGCUUUUCUUGUUAUUAAACAUUCUUUUUUUUUUAUCUUACAUGAAAUAAAGUAUUGUAUACAAUGA